CAGCACGACAGCACAACAGCCGAGGCCCCAUCUCCUACCUGAACUCAAGUGCCUCCGUACCUACUCCUCCGAUUCACCCGCGGCAGAUCACAAGCCAUCUCCAUCCCCAUCCCCAUCCCCAUCCAUCACUUCCACAUUCUUUGUCGAACAACUCACAACUCACAACUCACCCUCACCCGUAUUGUUUUGCGAUACUCAACCCCUAAUCUACGACUCCUCGAAGUCAACACCGCCACCUCUUGAGCCAAUAUCACCACACAACACCUCGCACCUCGUCACGAUGGUUGCUGAUUCCCUUGCCUACCACCCCACAGUGGACCACUACCUCAAGUUCGUCGCAACCACCGUUGGACGCGACAAACUCCUUCGAACUCUCCAAUACUUUUCCAGAUUCUACGCCUGGUACCUCUUCCGUACCAAUGCCACACCUGGCGAGAUUGCCCCUUUCGAGGCCAUCAAGAAGCAAUUCGCUCUCGCGCGCAAGCUCAUGCGAAUUGGCAAGAAUGUCGAGCACCUAAAGGCCGCUGCCAUCGCCUCGAAUUCCAAGAGCUUGGACCCGAUCAUCAAGUACUGCGCUGUUGGCAGACAGUUGGGCUAUGCAGGUUACUUGACCCUCGAUGCUGCGACUGUUCCUGACGUGGCCGGCAUUCGGAAGUUCGAGGGGGCCGCUAGACUUGCCAAGGAGGCCUAUAGAUGCUGGAUGUUUGGAUUGUUGUUCAGCACCAUGAGCAGUGUUUAUUCCCUUUAUGGAUUGAGACAGCAGCAGGCACGAAUUGACAAGAAGGAUGGCGAGGGUGUUGUGACCCUCAAGAGAAUUGAAAAGUAUGCCAUACCCCAGUCCCCGACACCCGAAUCACAUGCUAACACUCAACCCAGGGAACGAGCCGCCAUCAACCUUCAACUGAUUUCCGACCUUUGCGAUCUCACCAUUCCAACUUCCGCCAUUGGGUUGAUUGGAUUUGAUGAUGGAUUUGUCGGUCUGGCUGGAACGGUGAGCAGUUUACUAGGUCUUUACAGCCAAUGGAAGAAGACCGCCUAAAUCGAAACCCUUGCACCGCUACGACCUUGGAUUGGUUGGAACCAAAAUGUAUUUUAGCUGGGGGCUUUGGGUAUCAGGCGGUGGGGCCAUCGAAUGUGGUUAUGUUAUCCUGAAUCCAUACGCUGCGAGAUUGCCCCACCUUGGGAGUGCCAACGUGGUACUCGGGAUUUUCAAGCAACACUUUGCUUUUCUACGCAACGAAUCUGAAGGAUUGACCGAACGUUAUCAUUUGGUUCUUUCAUGUUUUGCAUGAAAUUGGAGGUUUCGGAUUUUGGGGGUUACUUGCACUUUUCGCCGGCGCAUAUUCUGGGGCUUGGAUUUAGACCAUUUUAUCAUUUUGAUUCCAAGGCUCGCUCACUCAUUUGUGUAUAUUGGUAAGCUGAAUCG